AUGGAGGCUUCUGUUAAGAAGAUAAAGAAGCAAUUAACCGGUAAAAGAGACGACACGGCUUUACACUCAGCUGCAAGAGCUGGGAAUUUGGAAGUAGUUUUGGAGAUUAUUGGAGAAAAUAAAGGGGAAGAGGAUUUAAGUGAAUUAUUGUCUAAACAAAAUUCUUCAGGCGAAACUGCACUUUAUGUGGCAGCCGAAUGUGGUCAUGUUGAUGUUGUUAAGGCCCUCGUGAAAAAUUACGAUGUCAGCUCAGCUGCAAUCAAGGCGAAGAAUGGUUUCGAUGCAUUUCAUAUUGCUGCUAAGCUCGGGGAAUUGGAGGUAUUGAAGGUUUUAAUGGAGUCCAUUCCCCAACUAUUAGCUACGGUCGAUCAAUCAAACACGACACCAUUACACACAGCUUCAUCUCAAGGCCAUCUUGAGAUCGUCAAAUAUCUCUUGGAAAAAAAUAGCAGCAUGGCCACAAUAUCAAGAAAUAACGGCAAAACCGCUCUUCACUCGUCUGCAAGAAACGGGCAUCUUGAAGUGGUCAAAGCCCUUCUUAGCAAAGAACCGGGAAUUGUGACGUGGAGUGAUAAAAAGGGUCAAACUGCACUUCACAUGGCUGUAAAGGGAAAUUGUCCUAAAGUUGUUGACGAGCUUAUUUCUUUGGAUAAUGGUUUGCUUACAAUGUCUGAUGGAAAAGGGAAUACUGCUUUGCAUAUAGCAACAAGAAAGGGUCGAGCACAGAUCGUUCGAAAUCUAUUGAAACACGGAGGGAUCAAUAAGGAAGCCAUCAACAAGUCAGGCGAGACAGCGUUAGACACGUCUGAAAAAAUGGGCCGGUUGGAAGUAACGGCCAUUCUCCAAGAAAACGGGGUUCGAAGUGCCAAAUCGCUGGCCCCACCAACCCAACCGAUAAUUGCGAGGGAGUUGAAACAAACCGUGAGUGACAUUAAACACGAAGUGCAUGAUCAGCUUUUGCACACUCGUCAAACGAGAAAAAGAGUCCGAGGGAUAGCAAAAAGGCUCAACAAAAUGCAGUCAGAAGGACUCAACAAUGCAAUAACUUCGACUACAGUCGUGGCUGUUUUGAUCGCUACUGUUGCAUUCGCCGCCAUUUUUACCCUUCCAGGCCAGUACAUGGAUGAUGCCAAAGAAGUCACCCCCGGUUUCUCCCUCGGUGAAGCCAAAAUCGCACCAAAUAUCGAGUUCGCCAUUUUCUUGAUUUUCGACUCGCUUGCCCUCUUCAUAUCCCUAGCCGUGGUUGUUGUCCAAACUUCGGUAGUAGUGGUCGAGAGACGGGCCAAAAAACGAGUCAUGACCAUCAUCAACAAGUUAAUGUGGCUCGCGUGCACUUUCGUGUCCGUGGCCUUUCUUGCACUUUGCUACGUGAUCGUGGGAAAAAACGAGAAGUGGCUUGCAAUCAGUGUUACUAUAGUGGGGACUCUUAUUAUGGCCACGACUUUAGGAACUUUGUGUUAUUGGGUGAUCAUGCACCGUAUCGAAGCCUCGAAUUUGAGGAGCUUAAGGAGGAGUAGCCGGUUAGCAUCUUGGCCGGUUUCGGCUGUUGUUUCGGGUUCGGAAGUCGGCGAGGGUGAGUACAAAAAGCUGAAACCGGUCUGGUCGGUGAGAGGAAUAAAUCGGACCACCUGGCUUGGUCGAACAGAGUAUAUGUCGACCGAUGAAGGUCAAAGGUCAAAAAGCUACGCGAAUUUGGGAACACCCGGCAGGUCCCAGCCCUUCGGGAGGCCUGGUCGAAGUACUAGGUGGGUGAACAGGAAUGGCCGUAAGUUCGACCAUCCCUAG